AUGAGUUUGACUCAUAAUAUGAGUUCCAUUAUUUCAACAACUACUGUCCAGAAAAAGGGAGAUCCUGGGGCAUUCACCAUUGCUUGUUCUGUUGGGCACCAUUAUUUUGCUUGUGUUCUGUGUGAUAAUAGGGCACGUAUUAAUUUGAUGCUACUUGAUAUCUACAAGAAAUCAGGUUUGGGGAUGCCAAGGCGGACUACCAUGAGAUUACAAAUGGCUGAUAGAUCCAUUAAGCGGCUGGUUGGCGUGGUUGAUGUUGUUCUUAUGCGGGUUGGUAAAUUUAUGUUUCCUGCUAAUUUUGUGAUUCUGGACUGUGUUGUAGAUCGAUAUAUUCCGAUAAUUAUGGGGAUACCUUUCCAUGCUAUGGGAAGAGCUCUUAUGGAUUCGGAAAAGAAUGAAAUUAAAUUCCGAGUCAAUGAUGAAAAGGUGACUUUUCAUGCAAGUAAGGGGAUGAAGUUACCAAGUUCUUACCAUAACAUGUUGGUGAUUGAUUCUUUUGAUGUUGUUGAUGAAGGUGUGGAAUUUAAGAUGGAAGAGGAAAGUUUGGGAGAAGCUCUUGCCACAACUCCUCCAGCAAAGCCUUCUAUCGUUGAGCCACCGAAGUUUGAGUUUAAGUAG